AUGGAGAACGGGAAAAGAGACAGAGAAGACAUGGAAGUGAAGACCGCACCGAGGAAGCCACGUGUACUACUUGCUGCGAGUGGAAGCGUCGCUGCUAUCAAAUUCGGCAAUCUCUGCCAUUGCUUCACCGAAUGGGCGGAAGUGAGAGCCGUCGUUUCCAAAUCAUCUCUGCAUUUCGUCGACAGACUCUCUCUCCCACAGGAAGUGACUCUGUACACCGACGAAGACGAAUGGUCAAGCUGGAACAAAAUCGGCGAUCCCGUCCUUCACAUUGAGCUUAGACGUUGGGCUGAUGUUUUAGUCAUUGCUCCUUUGUCUGCUAACACAUUAGGCAAGAUCGCUGGUGGGCUCUGUGAUAAUCUCCUGACUUGCAUCAUACGAGCUUGGGAUUAUAGCAAACCGCUUUUCGUUGCACCGUCGAUGAACACUUUGAUGUGGAACAAUCCUUUCACAGAGAGGCAUCUUUUGUCGCUCGAUGAACUGGGAAUCACGCUUAUCCCUCCGAUCAAGAAGAGACUCGCCUGUGGAGACUACGGUAACGGCGCAAUGGCUGAGCCUUCUCUCAUCUAUUCCACUGUCAGGCUCUUCUGGGAGUCACAGGCUCAUCAGCAAAGUGGUGGAACAAGCUAA